ACCAAUUUCUCUCGGUCAGUCAGUCAGAGUCAAUCAAACGUUGCAGACGAAAGGCGCUCUUGGAGCAAGUACCAGUCAGUACCUAGCAGCCGGCCCAGGCCCCAUUCAUAACAAAUUCAACGUGAACGAGUGUAUGGUGUGGUGUUUGGGGGUCUUUCGAAGGAGUGUAGUAUAUCCGCACAUUUCCUGCCCUUAAGUUUGGCUGUGGUAGCAGAGCAGCAGUUGGCGAGCCGGAAAGGAAAUUCGUUCAACCAGAGCUAUUUCGGUGUGUUGUUUUUCACGAUUUUCGAGACAAAUUCGCUGUUAAUUGCUAAAAUUAGCGAGUUUCGAUAUCACUACGAGCAGUGUCAUCUUUGGGGUGUGCUUUGACGGCUGAGAAGAAAUCGAUACGUGUGAUUCUCGUCGUGGAAAAUCAAGGCAGAAAAAAAUAAGUUAAAAUAAAGAGUAAAGUGCCGGUCAGAGAAGAGUCACGACACUCGGUAGUGUGCGGGAAAGUGUGUGACAAAACGGUGUGAGCGUUCGGAUAAAGGUGUUGGUGCUGUACAGGACCGACACGAGCUUGAUUCAUCACUCGACGACGACGACGUCGACCCAAGUGUUGGAAAACGUGAUUCUGCCUAGCGGCGCAGUUUCAUAUAUGCAUAAAUACUUUGUGAAUUCGAGCGUGAAAUACGUGAUCAAGUAAAAGUGUCGAAGAUCAAGUUCAGAGCGUGACUCAAGUGGGUUGAACUUGAUCCGUGGUGGUCGCAAGCAAAGUAAUUUGGUGAGGAAACACCAACAGUUUGUUUCGGUUUUACCUGUGCGAGCUACUACAAAACAACUAAUUACAUGUGUAAAUUAGCAAGCACGAAGAAUUCGAUCCUGCACGACAACAAGAAACGUGUCCGGCUUUUCUUCCGCAAGCCACGUUACACGCACUAUUGCUCGGUUUGGUACAUUAUAGAAUCGGCAGCGGCCGCGGCAGAGAAGAAGUCGUUCAACGGCGCAGAUCGACGGGCACGGAUCAACUAAGUCUCUCUCCCACAAGAACCCAGUAAGUGCUUUGUGUGUCCACAGGACUUCCUAGUCCGACCCUUCACCACAAACAACUCUACCCACGUCGGAGUUGGCUGUACCCCUAGCAACCGGUUCUACACCGCGAGCUUUACAUAACUCCCCGAGAUCCCGGAGAGCGAGCACGCGCGUAAGCCCUAAGCAGUGCUACGGUGUUUCGUCGCAAGCAAGCAUUCUCAGUGUCGAUAUAGUGUCGUCGACGACGUAGCAGGCUGUGUGGUACGUUCUGCUCGAUCGCGCGUGGAAAACACCGUGUCGGUCACUGCCUUCCGAGGCGAAGAAGAAGAAUAAACUUGGAGGACUAGGAAGUGCCAAAAUAGUGUCGAGACUUCUUCAAGACAGAGGUUGGACAGUUCGCAGUGAUCAAACAUGGAAGGCUACUGGGAAGCGGCCAACGGUCACGCACCGCAUCCUGUCAAAUAUGAGAGUGAAGCAUCCGUGCCCGGAUAUUCGUACUGCAAUGAGCAACUAAAUUUUUCCACAACCAACACCACCUACAGCGAGGAUGACGCCGACUUUGCGCCCGGCCGGCGAGGAAAAACAUCCAGGCAAGACCCUUUAUCACAUCGAAUAAUAGAGAAGCGCCGGCGCGACCGGAUGAACUCCUGCCUCGCCGACCUGUCCCGCCUGAUCCCCCAGCAGUACAUGCGCAAGGGCCGUGGCCGCGUGGAAAAGACGGAAAUCAUCGAGAUGGCCAUCCGGCACCUGAAGAACCUGCAGAACCAGGAGUGCCUGCGGGAGUCUUCGUGCGCCGAGCAGUACCGGCUCGGGUACAACGAGUGUCUCACCGAGGCGGCCAAGUUCAUACUGCGCGAGCGCGGCGAGGAGACGUGCUACCGGAUGGUGACGCACCUGAAGGAGCACUGCAGCGAGCUCAUGAAGGGUGAACUGAUGAAGUCUCGCUGUGGUUCAGAGAUUCCGAACGGCGUGAGCAGUCCCGUGUAUCUGCAUCCGGGUCCGUUGUCGCAACUGCGAGAUAUGCUGUCCUGCCCGUCGGACAUGGAGCAUAGCAGCAACGACCAUCACGACGUCAAGGAUCUGAGCUUUCGUAGCAGUAUUAACAAUGGGAGUAGUCACAGCAGCAGCAACAACAGCAGUAACAACCCCCCACAGGCGGCCGUGAUCACGUCGACGGCGCCGAGCAGCGUCCAACAUCUGGACACUUCGAGUAAUCACUCGACGACGGACUUUGAGGCGUCAUCGCCGUCGCGUAUUUCAACCAGUUCCACCAGCGGAAUCGGCAAUGGCCAGAUGCAUCACCACUCGCAGGACACCAACAACAACAUCAACGCCCAGCACGAGAGUGUCCUGCGGACGAUCCGGAUGCGAAAGUUUUCGGAAACCUCGCCCGAACACGAUCACAGCCACAACAGCUAUAAGUUCAAGAACUACAUUCAGCAGCGUUUCUCGCAGGACACCCACGGCAACGAGAACGGCCAUAUGUUGAGCGAAGUGGCGCACAGUCCUUCUUCCGUCCACGAGGAUCACCAUCAUCUGCAGAUGGCGGACGUUCCUCCACCACAGCCCCUAACCGGCAAGUCCCUAGUCAACGGAGUGGGUUCGAAAAGUAAACCCGAAAGUGCCACCAGCCAUCACCACCACCAGAACGGCAUCAGCGACGAACCGUUGUCGUUGAAGCGGAAAGCACCCUCGCCGGCCCCGACGACCAUGUCCGACCGAGAUGACCUGAUGCUGUUGGAAAAGAAGCCCGCGAAAAACGGGCUGACCGAGAUCAAAAACGAGCACGCCGCGUCACGUGGCCCCGCUGGCUAUCUGGUUCCGAUCUUUGCCUGCCAUCGACAGGGCUUCUACGUGCCCAUGAACGUGGACUACGAAGCGUUGCAGCCGUAUCUGAACGGAAUUGACCUGUUCGGCAAGAGCUCGUGGCAGCAUCCGAUGCCUCCGCUGCAUCCAAUCAGCAUCAGCGUCAACUACGCCCCGCUCAGCACUGGCCAGUUGAUGAUGAAGGCCUCUGCGGCGGCGGCGGCGGCAGCAACAGGCAACGUUAAGCUGGUCGAGGGAAUGCUCAACGGAUGCUAGGCCGGGGCGGCCGCUCCAACCGAGUUAGGGUAGUUUAGUGAUAACGAAAGAAUGGAGAAGGAAUUUUCCUGAAUUGGUUUGUCCCAUUUUUUAUAAUUUUUGGUUGCAGUUAGAUCGCUCAAAAAGCUUUUUAAAUGCCUCUCCUCUAGAGUAUAGAGUUAUCUACGUGCGCAUGUAUUGCGUGUACGUACACGAUGGAUUUCUAGGUUAAAAUUUGUACCCGCCAGCAAAAACAAAUGGUAAGCUAGUGUGCGUGAGAUCGGGCUUAGAUAACUCUAUUGUUUUCGUUCUCUUUUGAACAUCAAGAGAGAGCGUAAAUAAGACUCAAAACGAGAGUGUGUUGGUUCAAAUGGAAGAGCAAUCGAGUAACUUUCAUAAGCGAGCUACUCUCUUGCUCACUGUCACACUUUUUUCCUGAAAUUUACAUAACAACUGAACAUUUCAAAAGCUUAAUGAGCAUAAACUCGCCAUAUCAAAUUUAGCAGCUGCAACCUCCAAUGAAAACAAGAACAAGUGCAUUUUUUAUGCGGAUAUGCAUUUGAUCCCUUUUUUUAGUUGUCCGUUUUAGUUACGUAAAUUUUGUAUAAAUGAGAAAAACAUCUUUUUUUAACCUAGAAUUGGAGAGGAAAAGCUCCCAUGAGUUUACUUAAAAGCAGAAAGUCACUAAAUUAUUUCGCAUGCGAACAAAAAGUCCCCUCCUAAUCAUAGUUAGACAAUAAAACAUCUACUAUCUACUACUCUGAAGUUCAGUCAUCUUCGCCAGUAAAGAAAAAAAAAUAACACGAAACGAACAACAAGAAUUCCAUUGCUAUCGCUAUGAAAGAACCAAGUAACUGACUUAUUACAAAAUAAUGCUAAAAUUUAAACAAACUAUGUGUAUUUGUAUAUUUUAAACUCAGGUGAACAAUAUUUGUAGCAGAGUAUACCGGAAGAAAAAAAAAACCCAAACAGUGGAAGGAAAAUGCAAGAUAGAUAGCGCGUGAUAGAAAGAAAAAAAACAAUUUUAAAAGGGCAGAAUGUGCAAAAGCGAAAACAAAUGCAACACAAAACCACAAACUAGCCUGUUCUACCGAUCGGUAGGGCACAAUUAAUACAAACGUGAAACAAACGCAACCUUCGGGAAUGCAUGCCAUUUCUUCUAACAAACAACUUUCACACAACAAACAAAUUAUUUCGCAUCUUGUUUUAUCAACUAACAAAACCAGAGACACUUAAAGAAAAACUAGGAGUUAGGCUUAGUUAAGAGCUAAAGUGUCUAUAAAAAAAAAAACAAAACGCCAGCAAACAAAAUGGAAACCAUAGUCAGUAAUGCCGCCAUCAACGGGCGCAAUUUGAAAGAAACAAAACAAAAACAAAACGCGGUUAUGUUUCAUGUAACCGGCGAGUUUUACUUUUUUUUGUAACAAAUGUAAUUAUAUUAAAAUCUUUUAAUCUGUGAUACUGAUUAACAAAUGCAUGCAGAAAAGCAACGAAAUGAUGAAAGAAAAUGCAAAGGAAACAAACAAACAGGAGGAAACAAAUACCUAUAAAAUGAGUAGAAACAACGUAGGUUAACUAUUGUAAACAAACAAACAAACAAACAAACAAACAAACAGAAAUAAAAACACUGAUGGUUUGAAACAACAACAAAUCAGUCGCUUUUUGUCGUUGUAUAUUUGUAAAACCACAAGCAUCAAAACGGAGAACGUGUAGGACGCGACAAGCUGCAAAUGGGAAAGCCGUUUUUUAUUAACAUGAAAGGACAAACGCUGUACAUAGUGGAGGAAAAUAAACCAAAUAAAUUGUCAUAAAAUAUCAAAA